UUUAGAAAUAUUUAAUGAGCGAAAGAAAUAUUAAAUUUAGUAUUUUAAACUUCGUUUGAAUUUCGCGGCAAUUUGUAACAAAUGAGAAAAGCGCGCGCUUCUGCUCAUUUAGUGGUGACAUUUGAAGUGAUUGGUCGCAUAACCUAAGUGUAGAGUGAAAAAUAUUUUAUUUUUACAUAAAUAAAUUCCAACAUUGUUAGAAUAAAUGGAAAAUAUUCAAAGCAAAAGUACUGUUGCAUCAGAAGAAGAAACAGUACAAGAAAAUCAUUAUGUUCCGGAAGAAGAGAAAGUUGAAAAGACGCUUCUCAAUGUUGAAAUACUUGAUGAUGCACCAGCACCAGUUUAUCAAAUACGUCCGCAUUUACAUGAGAAAUUUAAACCCAUGAGCGCUAAAGAAGUUAUACAUACCGUAUUAUUUGAUCAGCUUUCUGAAAAAACUUAUAAUGCUCAAGAUGCUAUUCAAUGGACUAAAGAUAUAGCAGAUAUAAUUAGAGAAAAAAUUAAAGAAUUAAAUUUUAAUCGUUAUAAAUAUAUCGUAAAUGUGGUUUUGGGUCAACAAUAUGGUGCUGGGGUAAAAAUGGGAACAAGGUGUAUUUGGGAUGCAGAAGCAGAUACAUAUGCAUAUGAUAGUUUCUUAAAUGAUACAAUAUUCUGUGUGGCUACUGUGUACGCUGUAUAUUAUUAUUAGAAAGUGUUUACAUAUUUUCAAGUAUGAUGCCAGAAAUAUUUAUUAUGAUUGUAGGAUUUUAAAAUGAUACAAAUGGUGGAAGAAUAAAUAUAUUAUUGAUUCGAUGGAA